GGCUCGGCUCAGACUCCGCUGCGCUCCUCUCGGCUCUGCUCGCCUCUCCUCUCCUCCAGCCUCGCUGGGCCCUCUCCCGGCCCGCAGGAGCUCCUGGACUGCGCGGCGGCCGCCCGCUCGCUAGGCAGCUGCAAGCGACCUCAGAGGCGGCGGCGGCGGCGGCGGCGGCGCGGAGGAUGAAGUGCAAGCCGAACCAGACGCGGACCUACGACCCCGAGGGCUUCAAGAAGCGCGCCGCGUGCCUGUGCUUCCGCAGCGAGCGCGAGGACGAGGUGCUGCUGGUGAGCAGCAGCCGCUACCCCGACCGCUGGAUCGUGCCGGGAGGGGGCAUGGAGCCCGAGGAGGAGCCGGACGGCGCGGCGGUGCGCGAGGUGUACGAGGAGGCGGGAGUCAAGGGGAAGUUGGGCCGCUUGCUGGGCGUCUUCGAGCAGAACCAGGACCGCAAGCACCGGACCUACGUGUUCGUGCUCACCGUCACCGAGCUGCUGGAGGAUUGGGAAGACUCGGUCAGCAUCGGCAGGAAGCGCGAGUGGUUCAAGAUCGAAGAUGCCAUCAAGGUCCUGCAGUGCCACAAGCCCGUGCACGCCGAGUACCUGGAGAAACUGAAGCUGGGCGGCUCCCCUACUAAUGGGAACUCGGCCGCCCCGACCCCGCCAGAGAGCGAGCCCUAGUGAAUGGAAUAAAUGUUGUUCAGAUUUACUUUGAGAGAAUCAAGUAUGUGAACCCAGUGAUGAAUGGAAUUGUGAAGCACAGGUGAGCUCUUUGACACCCCCAAGGACACAGCUCAUCCUAUGCUUUUGGACACUUCUUUCCUGGUAUUAACAAUGGCUACUCUUCAGGUUGUUGCACUACCACUGUAUCUGUACAGAAUUCUAUUUGGCACCUGUGGCCUUUGUGUGCUUUUGUCUGUAUUUCCCAUCAGAUUUGACCGUGAAUGCAAAGAACUUGCUUUCUUAGUCUUUUUAUAUCUAGCAUACAUUACUUGAUAUAUGGUAGGCGUCACUGAAUAUUUGUUUAAUAUUUUGUAAUGAUAAUGAAUGGUGAAACAUCCCUCUUCUAAUAUCUCUAGCAUAUAUGUGACUUUUGUAUUUCAAGGCAGCUGUGAGAUAGGAGCAAAAAUGUUGUUCAUAUGUCUGUGUUAUCCCAGACAUUAUGUACCUCCUACAUUUGCCAAAAUUUUGACCUAAAUUUGACUGUGCCUCUUGACAUAAUUUCUCCUCUAUAGAAAAUGCAGGAGACAGAGAAACAGUUUACUAUAUAUCAAACAGAUGAGAUUCAUGGAAUCUUCAGGCCCCAAGAAAACACAAGACAGAUGAUCCAGUUUCUUCAGUAUAUUAGUCACAAGGAUGAAAGGAAAGGGUGGAGGCUGAACCUGUGGGUUGAGAAAGACUUCAGAAAAUAAUCAGUACCUAUAUGGAUCUUAUCUCAAUCCUGAUUUGAUCAAACUAGAAAUGAAUGAAUUUAUCAUACGACUUGAAUACUUCGAGCAUUGGCUAGAUAUUUUCAUGUUGAUUAUUAUAAUUCUGUUGUUAUAUUGGAAUCAAGAAUUCUUAUCUGCAUUCAAACACAGUUGAAAUGAUAUAAUGUCUGGGAUUUGCUUCAAAAUAUGAUAUGUCUUGAUAUUAAAUACACUGGACAUAACUUAAACAAGAUUGGCCUUUAAGAUUGUCUAAGCUGAGUGACGAUUAAACGAUGUUCAUUAUAUAUGUUCAUCUCUGCUUUUGUAUGUUUGACAUUUUCCAUAAUAAAAAGUUAAUCAAAAUCAUUGGAAA